AGAGUCUGCUGGGAGGGUCUUCCUGGAGGUUGGUGGGCAGGCAGGAAAAGGGGUGGCUGGAAUUGUUUCAGCCAGAGAGUUAAGCAGACAGUCUUUUACUGCACUGUCGUGGAAAGAAAAUCCCUGUCUAGGCAUUGGCCUGAGCACACAGCACUGAGAGGGGAAUGACUACUAUUCACAUGGUGAUAAUAUUUAGGCAGAAAGUAAUUAGGAGAAGUCGGACUUCUAACCCAGACUGUGGUGGAUGCUAGAAAGACUGGAGAGCUCCAACACUGCAUGAGGUGGACUCCAAUCAAGUUGUAGAAACAUCUCAAGGAUGAUCAAUGGAAACAGGAAUCAGCUGAGCUCAGUUUCGAGUCUCGUAGAAAAGGGUCUGAAUCACCAACGGAAAGUGCUUUUCAAAAAACAUCUCCAACUUCAACCUACUCUCUGGUCUAAAUGUGCAUGGGAAGCCAACCCUCCCUUCUCGGCCAGGCCUGAGCAGUGCCGGGAUACUUCAGCUGCAAAUCUUCAGCCGCCUCCAAUUUAUUUCUGAACAACUCCAGUGGCUAAGGUAUCCCAAGGGGAAAGAUUUACUGGAGGGGAGAACUACCAAAGCACAAAUUGUGAGAAGUUGGCAAAGUCAAUACCAGGCAAGUCUUCAUGAAUAUUCUUUCAAGGAGCGCCAUUGCCUCGACAUACUAUUAAUGAGAGAGUCCUUGUCAGUGGAGGAGGAUAGACACACCGUUGUGUCACAGAGCAAGCCCUCAACCCUUCCAGAGGUCUCCCAUUGGUGCAAACUGAUUGAUGAGUGAUUGCUCGUUGAUCGAUUAUCCUUCCUCCCAGCUGAUGCUGUGAGGCCAGUCUGGUUGCUUCAUAUGAUUUGUAAACUUUUCAAGCACUAAUCAGACAGAGAUAAAAGUUGUGAACUUUUUUUAAUGUGUUGCCGUUUUUUGAGGUAAGAGUCAACUCAACUGAUACAUUGGACUGGCAGCGUUCGAUUGGAACCUCUUGACAUGGCUCUCAAUAUAUCUUCAGUAAGGGACACAAAAUGGCUGACGUUGGAAGUGUGUCGGCAGUUUCAGAGAGGAACUUGCUCACGGAGUGAUGAGGAAUGCAAAUUUGCACACCCACCAACGAGCUGCCAGGUUGAAAAUGGAAGAGUUAUUGCCUGCUUCGACUCGUUAAAGGGUCGUUGUUCAAGAGAAAACUGUAAGUACCUUCAUCCACCUUCUCAUUUAAAAACCCAGCUAGAGAUUAACGGACGCAACAACCUCAUCCAGCAGAAGACGGCAGCAGCCAUGCUGGCCCAGCAGAUGCACUUCAUGAUCCCAGGCACGAGCAUGCAGCCUGUACCUGCGUUCAAUGUCACCCAGGGGCUUGGUACGAGCCCAGGUCUCAGCUACUCUCCUUACCUUACACCCAUGACCUCCAUGAGCCAUGGGAUGAGCCUGAUACCCACAGAGCUGCUCCCCAACACCCCAGUCAUGGUCCCUGGAAGCCCCCCGGUCACACUCCAGAGCUCAAACUCGUCCUCCUCUUCCCCCUCACAGAAGCUAUUGCGCAUCGACAAACUGGAGGUGUGUCGUGAGUUCCAGCGGGGGACCUGUGCGCGAGGCGAGACGGACUGCCGCUUCGCCCACCCCAGCGACAGCCCCAUGAUCGACACCAGUGACAACACGGUCACCGUCUGCAUGGACUACAUCAAGUCGCGCUGCUCCAGGGAGAAGUGCAAGUACUUCCACCCCCCUGCACACUUACAGGCCAAAAUCAAAUCCUCUCAACACCAGGUCAACCAUACGGCUGUGGUAGCCCAGGCAGCAGCUGCAGCCAUGACUCAGUCGACUGCCAAAGCAAUGAAGCGAACCUUCGAGGCAACUGUAGACCUGGCAUUCCCCUAUGGCUGCCUGCAGCCCCUACCAAAGAGACCAGCACUGGAGAAGAACCACGGGGCCGGCUCCUUCUUCAACCCCAGUAUGUUGCACUACCAGCAGGCUCUGGCCAAUGCACAGCUCCAGCAGACAGCUGCGUUCUAUCCCACAGGGUCAGUGUUUUGCAUGUCUCCUGCUACCGGCGUUGUACCCAUGAUGUACAGUGCUACGCCUGCUACUGUCUCUGCAGCAACUACUCCUGCCACAAGUGUUCCCUACGCAGCAACAGCACCAGCCAAUCAGAUCAUCCUCAAGUAACUAACAGGAAAGGAACAGAGUGUCAAGACGCUGCCCUUAGAGGUCCCAAACAGCCCGUCUGUAAAUACUACAUUUUCUCCACAAGAGAACUACAGCAACCUGCAUGCUGAGAAGAAGAUUAGAGGCAAUGUGUAACAUUGAGCUA